AACAAAACUCUCUUCCCUCCAUUUUGGAAAAGCGCAACCUAAAUAAAACAUUUCACACUUUUCCCUCCUCCCAGCUGCUCCCUCCUCGUAUCACACCCAGCUGCUCCCUCCUUACUUCAUCACUGAAUUUCACUUCAUUCGAUCUCCUCUCCUCUCUUCUCUUCAGCGCCGCCGCGCUGUGACCACCGCUCCCACACCGCCCUGUCUUGACGGCAGUUGGGGUUGCUGCUUUCUUCUUCUCUUUCCUCUUUAUUGUCGGUUGUGUUGUUCUUCUCCGCCACGUCUCCUCCGUUGUCGGUGGCCUCUGGUUCCAACCGUUGAUGCUUCAUAAUCUGUCCGGUAAAUUACUCAAACUUCCUCUCUUAAUUGAUUUAAUUGAUUUCAAUUUGGGGAUUUUAAUUGUGGAAGGAGCAGACUUUGGCCGGAAAACCUGCCGGAUUUUUUGUUAGUACACAAGGCGGCGGCUAGGAGACUACUGCGUAAGUUUUCCGAAUUCAAUUGAGAUCAUUGUAUCUCCUAGUGAACUGUGUAGUCUGGAAUUGGUUGUUUGACCUUUGUAUUUUUGAUGAGUUUUGAAUUUCUGGGUUUUAUGCUUCGUAUGCAGUAAUUAAUUAUGUGUUUGAUGCUGAUGGAACAAUGUAUCCUUUUUGUGUAUGCAUAUAUUUACAUUUGUUGCUUAGCUUUUUGUUUGAUCAUCUCAGUAUUUCCCUUUGUUAAUCAGUUCAUAUGGAGUAUUAUGCUUGUUCAAUUGUUGAGUUAUACGUAAGGUUAUGGAGUUUGUGGGGAGAGUCAGUCUCGAAAGGAAGGCUCCUUUUGUUUAGGGGGUGGGGGGUGGAGGGAAAGUGAUGCUGACAUGAAGUGUAAACUUGCUUGGAAGCUGUCGUUUUCUGAGCAAUUCUUUAUGUAGGUUAAGGAAAUGCUUUUAUUGCUUUUGCAUUAUGUGUUAUAGUUCAGAUUUUUACAAGCAGUUGUUUUGGGCACAUAUUUUGUCUCCAAGUGAGCCUAAAUACCUUUCCAUCCUUAUUUUAAAUAGUUUUUUUUCUUCCUUUUCUUGUCCUGACUUUCUUGUUCUUUAUUGUGUAACUUUUACAAGCAUUUCUUGGAUUUGAUUGUGUUGUCUUUUCACAAUAUCUUUUUGGUUUUAUACAUUAGCUGAUAUUUUAGGGUUCAUAAUGUUGAGGAGAAAAAUGGGGCCUUAAUGUUGAUCGAUGUUAAACAAUUAUCUUUUCUUUGUGGGAGCAUGUCCUUUUAACUUCACUGCUGCUGAAAGUAUAAUGGGAAUAACAGCAACGGAUUGCUUUACUGCGUUUCCUCCAUAUUUGGCUAAUGUAGUAUGUUGCCCGCAAUUGCAUGCCACCUUAGUUAUUCUUAUAGGUCAGUCGAGUAAAAAAACCACGUUGCUUGCCCUAAAUGAGACGCUUUCAAAGCAAUGCCUAUUUGACGUUAACCAAGUAUUGGCGAGCCAAGGUGCAAAUGACAAUCUUCAACAGAUAUGCAAAGUUCGAGAGUCCAACCUCACCGAAGGGUCUUGUCCUGUAAAAGAUGUCAGAGAACUUGGGAAAACAGUUGACACUUCUAAGCUUAUCUCAUCGUGUCAGAAGAUUGAUCUUGUCAAUGAAUGCUACUCCUUAACUUGUCAGAAUGCUUUAUCAGAAGCUGCUAGAAAUAUCAGCUUGAAGCUUGGUGAUCUUAGUGAUGUACCUCAACUUUCGGAUAUUGAUGAAGAUUGUAAAAGUAUUGUUUUACGGUGGCUACCUAGCAAACUCAGUCCAUCCAGUGCAAAAGAAGUUAUAAGAGGGUUGUCAAAUUGCCAUAUUAACAAAGGUAAGCAGUCUGAACACAUUACCAAAUUUAUCUGCGGCAAAUUUACUCUUAAAAGACCUCAAUCUCUUCUCUUUUUGGGUUUUUUUUGCUUCACUGUUUUGCUUUGAUGCACCAACUCGAUGUGAUAUCUGGGAAUUACACCAGCUGGAACACAAGGUAAAUGCUGAACUGCUCAAUUAUAUAUACAACUUUUUGUUGAUGGUCCUAUAUAAGUUGGCUUGAUUCUUUCCCCUUUUCAGCUAAGCUUUUAUGUUUCAGUACUUUUGCGCAAUCUUCACCCAGAUGUGAAUAUACAUGAAGAGAAAAUAGUAGUUAAUCUAGUUAUACAUUUGCAUUUUAAUGAGGUAGAUCCUCUCACUCCUUUUGGUACAUACUCAAAACUGGACUUUUCGAUGCUGAAAUUCGAGUAAUUGCUGAAAGUAAAGGCAGAAAAGCUACUUAGCUUCCAAAUAAAAUGAAUGAAGAUCCUCUACGACAAAAGAUUUUGGUGAUAUUACCGAAUAGUCCUGUAGUCUAAAGUUCUAAACGAUCGAGGGCUUCAUUGUAAUUUGAAAAUACUCAUAAUUGGCGGCUCUUUUUGUUUUGUAUUGAAUAUUAAGGAAUUGGACUUGGCAUAAUUUGAAAAUACAAUGUUUAUGUUGAUUUGGGUUUUAGUUCGGGUUUGGUCUCAAGCACAAUCGAUUUUCAGGAAUUGAUUUGACUCUAUAGUUUUUUAUGGAAAUACUUUGUAGAUGUAUUCUCAAUCACAAAGUUGUCCAUGUCAUUUACAGCUUUGAAAUUGUUAGCUUGUUUUAAGAUUUUGCUAAAUGAUAUUGACUGAUUGAGAUAAUUAUGCAUAUGAAUGCGGCAUGAUUUGGUUGGAACCACUUGAUUAUUGAGUUGGGGUCACACAAUGUUUCAUCUGUUUUAUUCAUGGAGCUUUAGUUAGUUCAAAAAGAGAGCUUUCUUUGACUAUGGUCCAGCUAGAGGGGCGGAAUUGGGUUUGAUCCUUUCCAAACCAGCAGAAAAGGCUACUGUAUGUCGAAUUUUCUUUGGGAGCUAUGAUCAGAUUAUCUUUAAUCCUGUUUUGUUCAAUUUAUUUGAAUUUAGUAUUGUAUGUGGACCCAUGCGGGGUUAGUUAGACUUUCUAGUAUUCCGAUGAUAAUGUGGAAACAAUACAUGUUUAAGGAUGAUUUGAAUCUGAAAUAGAUGUUAAGACUGUCUUGCUAUGCCUUGUAUAUUUGGCUGGGAUGCUUUCAGUUAGAGGGGUAUUUCAAAGCAAUUGCCAAUGUUAGCUAUUUCCCAGUCAUAACCUACUAGAGGGAUAGCGAAUUACAUAAAUUGACCUUGAUAAAGUCUCUGUUACUUACUUACUGCACCAUAUUGUAAUUAUUAAUAUAAAAUGCUGCAUGUAACUCUAUUCAGGUUAUCAUGUUUCCUCUUGGUAUGUUUUUCUUUAGUCUCUUGUCAAAAUACUUACGUAAAUGUCUAAAAGAUAGUUUUGAAUGAGGUAAUUGGUUGCAUCUAUCAAGGUUUCCUCACAAGCUUCCUUUGCUGGUGAGUAAUAUUCAUGUCAGUUGUGCCUCUCUGCAUCAUCCUGUUAAAGUUGUUUUGGGACUGGUAACUGUGUCUUCUAUGUUAUGAAGGGUUUCUUGUAAUUGACUUCUUAAGUAGUGUGUUAUGAUUAGUAUAUGUAAUCAUUGUACAAAGACCCCCCACCCCUGCUCAUCUUUGCUGGAUUGGAAUUUCUAUGCAAAGUAAAACUCAUAAGUCUUUCUUUGACAUUCACUAUGUCGCAUCUGACUAAGUCUUGCUGAUUUAGUCUGACGUGCAGCCUGGGAACCAUCUUGAGUUUAAUUUAAUGUCGAGGGACUUAUGACAAUCUGGCAGCAGAUCAGCUGCUGAACAGAUCAAAAACUGAUGUGUUCAGCAACUGAUCUGCAGUUGAACAGAUCAGUUUCUGAUCUGUUCAACAGCAGAUAAGCAGCAGCAGAUCAACAGCCUUUGUUUUAGGGUGAAUGUUUUUUCUUGUUUACCUAUGUGGAACAUUUUUCAGGGUUUCCGCUCGUCUCCUUCCUCCUCCAGUCUUGCUGCGGCUGCAGCUCCUGAGUCUGUUCGCCAAGUGGAAGCGAAAUAUCCAGCUUUGCUUUUCAAGCAGCAGCUUACUGCAUACGUGGAGAAAAUUUAUGGCAUUAUUCGUGAUAACUUGAAGAGGGAGUUGUCAUCAUUAAUUUCCUUGGGUAUCCAGGUUUUCAAAACUCCAAGGGAGGGGCCCUUUACCAAAGAGGAGUUGGAUGAAGUUUGAGACAAGUGGUCUACUUACUUCAAUGAUUGUGAACUACCCUCAGUGUAAUAAAUAGAGCAGGCUUGUAGUUAUCCAUGACUCUUACAUUAUUUUGUUAUUUAUCGAUAUAAUUAAUUACAUUUGAAUUAAUGCGGUAAUAUUAUUGGAAAUUUGAAAUUUAUAUCAUUUUUAAGGAAUGUCAA